AUGUGGGCUUGUGCGGUGCGGCCUGGUGUGCAGCGAGAGGGAAGAACUAAAAACUUGUCUGUCGUUCACCUUCUAGAUCUUGGGGAGAUCUAUUCCAGACUGCUCGAUCACAGACCAGUAAUCCAGGGAGAAAUACGUUACUUUGUUAAAGAAUUUGAAGAAAAACGUGGCCUCCGAGAACUGCGAGUACUUGAAAACCUGAAGAGCACAGUCUUUGAAACAAAUGAACACGUUCUUCCCAAGUGUGAGCAGGCAAUGCGGGACAAUUUGAAUGAAACGUGUGAGAGAU